AUGAAGACCAUUUUAGUCAAGAAAAUUUUAUUUGCCAGUCAGUAUUGCAAUCUUUACCAUGGUAAGAUUCCUCAAGGUUGGAAAGGGGUUAAAGGUGGAGAUGUGACCGUCAAGGUGUGGGUAAAAACUGAGCACCUAGAUAAGACAAAUACUUGCCGCCUACAUCCCUCCGAACCUGUGGAAAAGUUCAAUGUUGAUUUUCUCAAGUCUGACAAAGCAACUUCAUGUGGUUACUUGCCAAGACUGAUUGCGUAUACCCAUGAUAAUGGUGGCGAGUUCAUGGGUGUCGUUUAUGAUCUUCAGUCGUCAAAUACGCUGCGUGACUUUGUUGAUAAAGCGGAGUUUAAAUGGCUUGAAAGAAUUAAGGUAGCUGUUGGACUUGCUCGUCUUCUUAAGUAUCUGAUUCAUGAUCAGCCGGGAUACUUGGUCCGCGAUCUUUCUGCUGCCCACAUAAUGCUUGACAAGAUCGAUUUUUAUUUGGGUCAGAGGGCUACGUUGAUUAUUCUUAUAUUUGUUCAGGUUGAUGAACUCCCUGGAGUUGGAAAGCGGUUUUUUCUCCAUGAACAUGCUUGUAUGGUAUAUCCCUUGAAAACUCCCCAUAAAGUAUCCUUUGUUGAAAAACUCUUUCGCCGGCGCAAGAAGUCUCCCGCUGAACCUGAAGUAUCCUUUGUUGACCAGAGUUUGGAAGAAGGUCCUUAUUUUAAUGCUCGCGAUGGACUGAUAAUCUCCAAGUUGGCAAGGCUUUGUGUGGACAUUAGGGUGGGAAACCGCCCAAAUAUGAAGGAAGUGGUCAAGUGUUUGGAGAACCUUUCUGUUGUGAGAGAUAAUGUUGAAAUGUUCAGCGAGUUGGAGGAGAACGUCUGCGUUGUGAGAGACAAUGGUUUGGAGAACAAUGAUGCAGACUGUCUGAGGACUGUUAAAACUUGGUGUUGUUCCAUAUGA